AUGGACAUCACAGAAUUCCCUCCAGUCGACGACCUCAACAUACAUCAGCUCAAUGAGGAGCUGUCAUACAUAGAGGUCUUGCUCAUGAGCCUGGAUUCCGAAAGCGAUAAUUACCAAGAGCGCCACGCUGAACUGGACGCGCUUCAGACCCGAUACACAGACCGUCUCAACACCCUCAGCGCCGAAAGUGCCCACACGCAAAGCCAGGCUGACGAACAGAUCGGCAUGGACGGAGCUUCCGACCCGUCGAGUGAACCGUGGUGGUCAACCGGUAGGCCAGGUAGUGAUCACAGCAAUUUCGGGAACGGCUUCUCUCUCGACAGUCAGCGUGGAAUGCUAAAUGGCAACGGUACCAAGCGUCAGCGAGCGCAGACAUCUCACCUGAAUCCGUACGAGCAUCCUUCGAAGAGGCAGACGCCAGAGCCAUCUAAUGCGGGAACACCCGCUUCAUCUGAUGGUUCAUAUGAUUUCGUCGACCGCGAGCCAAGUGAGAGGGCACGAAGGCAGCAACUCGCGGCCGAAGCAACCGCACGGAGACAGUACGAAUCUACGCAGGCAGAUGCCGCUUUCGCACGUGAGCUGAAUCAGCAGAGCCGACUACCAACUUUGGGUUCCAGUUCUUCUUCACGACCUUCUUUCCAGACAACCUUCGGCCAUAACGGCGCAUACCAACGACCACCACCGGUCACGAAUUCAGGGUCUCCAUCAACCAUGCGAGGUCCUUCAGCCAUCCAACCUUCGCAGUAUCCACAGCCUCUUGCUUAUCAGUCGCAACAGGGGCAAGGCAUCAAAGCGGAGUCUGGUGCAGCACGAGCGCAGCAAUUACCGCAGCGGUCAAGGCAGCCAACACAGGUAGUCGACCUCACUGGUAGCGACAGUGACGAGGACAUCAGUGAGAUCGCGCCUACCCGUUUCACUCCCAAUCGUCACUACCCUGCUGCGCAACAUUUCAACCAGAACAACACAGCUUUCGAGCCUGCGAGAAGUCUACACGGCCCUCAUAGAACAACCAUGCAGAUGCCUACGACGAUGCACCAAAUGCCCGGCGCCUACCCAACAUCUCAGGUGCCGGCCGGUCAGUACGUAUACAAUCAAGGCUCAGGAGUCGCAACUGGAACGGAUCGGAUAUCACAGAUGAUGACUGGUAUCCGCCAUGCGGCUGGAGGGCUUGCUGAGCCUGUACGAGAUCUAGGUCAAUUGAUAUAUGGCUCCAGCAGCUCUCGCCCACUCGAGCUAGACGACGAAGAUGAUGACAUUAUGUUCAGUGGCUCGCGGCAGCGAUUUGGUGACUAUGCCGGACAGGAAGACCUUUGGCAAGAUCGAUAUGAUGCCUUGCGUGCAUACGAUUCAACAAAAACUAGGGAGGAAAUCCAGGCGCUGUUGGAGAACAUCCGCCCAGACGAAGAGUUGCCGGCUCACCUGCGAGCUCAGACCCCGGAGGCUAUGUCUGUCAAGCUGCACAAGUAUCAGGAGCUCGGGCUCACUUGGCUGACGAGUUGCGAGGAGGGUGGCAACAAAGGCGGUAUCUUGGCAGACGACAUGGGCUUGGGCAAGACAAUUCAAAUGCUUGCGCUUAUGGUGUCGAGGAAGUCGCAAGAUCCGCGAUGCAAGACUACACUCAUCAUCGCACCUGUUGCUCUGAUGCGGCAGUGGGCCCAGGAGAUUCAGAACAAAGUCAAAGCCGGGCACAAACUUACGGUUUUCACCCAUCAUGGCUCGCGCAAGGCCAAAGAUUUCAGCAGCCUCCGCCAAUAUGACGUUGUUCUGACCACGUAUGGCAGUAUUUCCUCGGAAAUGAAGAAAAUUGAGAAGUUCGAACUUCGAAGGAAGGCAGACCAAAAUGCAGUUCCGUACCCAAAUGAAAGAUGUGUCUUUCUCGGCCCCAAUGCUCGCUGGUACAGGGUAAUCUUGGACGAAGCGCAGUGUAUCAAGAAUCGAAACACUCAAUCGGCGAAGGGUGCGGGCCUGAUCAAUGCAGAGUAUCGCUUCUGCGUGACUGGCACUCCGAUGAUGAACAAUGUUGAAGAAUUUUAUUCUCUCAUCAAGUUCCUCCGCAUCAAGCCGUACUGCCACUGGGACCGGUUCCGUCUUGACAUCCACACCCCACUACGCUCCGCCAACGACAACGUGAAGAGCAAGGCCAUGUCGAUGCUUCAAGCACUUUGUAAGGCAGUCAUGCUCCGCCGCACCAAGCAAAGCAAGUUCGAAGGCCAACCUAUCCUGGUGCUGCCGGAGCGGUCAACAACGGUAGACAACCCAGUGUUCAGCGAGGAAGAGUGUGACUUCUACAAGGCUCUCGAGUCGAAGAGUCAGUUGACAUUCAACAAGUAUUUGCGUCGUGGCGAGAUCGGCACGUCAUACUCCGCGAUUCUGGUGCUACUUUUGCGACUUCGUCAAGCAUGCUGCCAUCCACAUUUGAUCAAGGAUUUCGGCGUAGCCGCGGCGGCGGAUCUUGACGAAGAAAAGCUAGUGCAGUUCGCGAGGGAGCUCGGCGAGCCCGUUGUCGCCCGCAUCAAGGAAGCGCAAGGAAAUUUCGAGUGCCCGGUAUGCUAUGAUGUUACGCAAAAUCCCGCGAUAUUCAUUCCUUGCGGCCACGACGCCUGUUCGGAGUGUUUCGCUCGCCUUGUCGAUCCCUCGAAUGCGAUACAGAACGGAGAGGAUGGCGGUGGCACCAAGUGCCCCAAUUGCCGCGGACCAAUUGACCCGAAGCGCCUCACUGACUUCACUUCCUUCAAGAAGGUUCAUCAGCCUGAAUUGCUUUCGGAUCUGGAGCGUGAGGCUCUACAAGCUGAUGAGGUCAGCGACGAGGACAGUGAUGAUGAUGACGAAGAAGAUGGCGGCAGCUCGACAGAAGAAGAUGCCGAGGAUGAGACUGACGACGACGAGACGCUGGGCGGGUUCAUUGUCAAGGAUGAUCAGGAGUCUGACUCUGAUGAUGAAGAUCUUGACGAGACCGACAAUGGCGAAAAAGUCAAGCGUGAAGAGCAAAUGCCGGCAGCAGAAGGCGUCGCUGGUCCUUCAAACUCUGAGGCGAGCACCAAGGCCAAGUCUAAGAAGGUCGGCAAAGACAAGGACAGGAAAAAGGGCAAGGGAAAGGGAAAGGGAAAGGGAAAAGGCAAGAAGAAGGAAAAGAAGGCGAAGCCGGCGGUCACACUGGCCGAACUGAAGAAAAUGGCUAGCCGAAACAAGGCUGCUAAAAAGCGGUACCUGCGACGCCUUCGGAAGGAUUACGUUGGCUCCGCAAAGAUCGAUAAGACAAUGGAACUAUUGGAGCAGAUCAUGACCGAUGGAGAACGCGAGAAAGUCCUGAUCUUCAGCCAAUGGACUUCGUUGCUCGACCUGCUUGAGAUUCCGAUAGAUGGACAGGGAUAUGGCUACCGACGUUACGAUGGCAGCAUGACGGCUACAAUGCGUGGCGACGCUGUGGACGAUUUCCGGGACGAGACUAAAGACGUCCGAAUCAUGCUGGUCUCUCUCAAAGCUGGAAACGCUGGUCUCAACCUCAACAUGGCAAGUCAAGUCAUCAUUCUCGAUCCAUUUUGGAACCCUUACAUCGAGGAACAAGCGAUUGACCGCGCGCAUCGCUUUGGUCAGAUGAGGCCUGUCAAGGUCCAUCGCGUGCUUAUCCAAGAGACGGUCGAAGACCGAAUCAUCGCAUUACAGGAAAAGAAGCGUGCGUUGAUCUCGGAAGCAUUGGACGAGACGCAGGCGCGCGAGCUAUCACGUCUCGGUCCCCGGGAACUUGCCUACCUUUUCGGCGUCACGCACGAUCCCUCACAAAACGUCAAUUAUGUGCCUCGUGGGGCACGACGCUAA